UCUAUAUGUGGGACUGGGGGGGGGGGUGAAGCAUCAGGAAGAUGCAUGUUUCUUGCCUGCCACUUAUCUGAUGUUAGGGAUUCUUGGAUACACCCAGAAUCCUGGAGAACACGGACCCUGCCCUGUGCGCUCAGGUGCCAGGCACUGAGGCAAAGAGUCUAGCAGGCAAGCAGCCCCAAUCCUGCACACCGGGAUAUUCUGUUGGUGGGCACACACAGCCGGGCACACACAGCCCGACACCCACCAGAGAAGCCUGGUUGGCACACCCAAGGAAACAGGCGUAGGAAUCUCGUAAGGUCGUGUUUUAUAAAGUCCACCCCACUCAAAGGCAAACUUUCCCCAGGCUUCGCCGGGGUGGAAAACUCUGGCUUGCCUUCGAUCACCUGGAAGGCUUUAGAGGAUUUGUGUUGUUUUCACACCCCAAAGCCUCAAACGUUCGAACAAGGGGUAGAAUUCGAAUCAGUCGUCAUACCCCGAACUUAGCACCAGGUGACGCUCUAGACUCAUUGUCUCGGUGUUUUGAGUGUGGGGCCUUUUUUUUUUUUCUUUCCCUUCCCCUUCUUCCCAGGGCUUCGUUAUGCCAACAUAUCACAUACGUUGCACGGGCUUCCAUCAAUAACCUCCUGGGGUCAUCAAGCCAAAUUUAUGACUGGCCAACACUGUCACGUGAUUCUCUUUAAACAUCCCAUAUUUGGGCAGCGCACAUAGAAUAAAGAAAAGAAGAAUCCCCACCUAUAAAUUCUGCACUUUGGAGAACAAAAAACCCUGAACUUCAAAAGGGCCACAAAUCAAGUCUAAUCAAAGGGGUGUAAGAGAGAGAGAGAGAGAGAGAGAGAGCGAGAGCGAGGGAGAGAGGGAAAGAGAGAGAGAGAGAGAGAGAGAGAAGCUGGGUGGGGGGGAAAUAUAAUUCCUGACAUGAGUUCCUACGUAGCCAAUUCCUUCUAUAAGCAAAAUCAAAAUGUUCCUGCGUAUUCCAUGCAAAGUUAUGGGAAUUAUGGAUCACUGCCUGAGGUUCAGCCCUCCAGGUGCUGCUACACUGGGCUGGAUCUGAGCAUUACAUUCCCUUCAUCUGGGGCUUCCAACUCUCUGAACGGUGUGGACGUGUCUUCAACCCCCAGAUCUAACCCUGACCGGCCUUCCUGUACUGUCAUGGGAUCUUCAGGGCACACUUUAGGCAGAGAUGACCAAGCUUCUCUAAACCCAGGAAUUUACAGUCAGAAGGCUGGUGGCACCAACAACCCCACGCCGUUGGAAGAUAGAUCUAAAACCAGUGGGGAAAUCAAGAGUGAACCGGUGCAAGCAGCCCAGCCCAGCGGCCAGCCUGUUCAGCAGUCGCCGCAGCAGCCACCACAAAUCUAUCCGUGGAUGACCAAACUACACAUGAGCCACGAAGCAGAUGGCAAACGUUCUAGGACCAGCUACACUCGCUAUCAGACUCUGGAGCUAGAAAAAGAAUUCCACUUUAACCGCUAUCUCACCCGUCGGAGGCGCAUAGAGAUCGCCAACAACCUGUGUUUGAAUGAGAGGCAGAUCAAAAUCUGGUUUCAAAAUCGGAGGAUGAAAUGGAAGAAAGAUUCCAAACUGAAAAGCAAGGAGUCUGUCUAGUCCUACUACGGCCCUCGGCUUCUAUCCAUUUGCAAGUCUUGGAAAGUUCAGGUCUGUUGAAAAUGCCUACUAAUACUUUGCGUCCAAGUCGGAUUUUGCGCCCCCGAAGCGACCACGCGAUACGAGAGCACUUCUUCGCGGCUCCAAUCCUACCGCCGGCCGGCCCGAGGGGCGCCGCCUCCCGAGUAAACUUGCCUCCUAGGAUCGGGCAAGCGCGAGCUAGUGGUCUCGAGACAAUAUUGACGUCUCGCGCGCGUGGAAUAAAAAAAAAAAUUGCCUGGUGAAGUCGUUUCCUAGAUGCUCUUAACCGGAGGGAAGGGGAAAAAAACAACAACAAAAUCCUGGGAAAUCUGUUUGCUCCAGGAUAUGUUUGUUCAGUGCUGGGAAUGUUUUCUGUAAUUAUCUUAUUCCCUCCCCAUUUACUUAUUUUUGUAUUAUUGGCCUAUGAAAGAAAAUGAAACGGACUAAGAGCAACACUAUUUCCGCAUCUCUCCUGGGAGAUACUUGUGCAAAAUAGUAAAGCACUGUGGAGGAAUGGAAUGAGGGGGUUGGUGGGAAAAGAGUGUGAAUUCACUUGGCUUAAAUAUUCCAGUGUAUUUAUUUGUUGUGUAAUUAAUGUAGUAUGUACAUAUAUAUACAAUCCUUAUUCAAAUUACACUUUGUUUACAUAUAGUCCAUUUAAAUUUUAGUCUCUUCCCCCUUCCUUCUCCCUGUUGUUGUAAUACCUACAGUAUAUUUAUUGAUUGUAAUAUCAUAUGUGAAAGCCCGUGGAAUGAAUGAAGGGAAUGAAUGAACAGAUGAAUAUUCAUAGAUACGUAUAUUCACCAAAAUAAACUGUAAAGAAUGCUUCCAACGAUUAAAGGCCAAGUUUGGAGUGGGUGGGGAUGAAGGAACAUUUUUUUUCUUGAGCACUGCCCAACACCAGGUCUAAUAUCUUUUUAGUUCCUUCAUUUGAUUUGAUUUUUUUUUUAAAGUAUUUUUGUUAUGGCAAUAAAGUACAUCAAAUGUGAGGCAGGGUGCGUUCAUUUUAGCACACCAAACUAUUUUCUGUGAAAGGGUUGAGUUUCAAUUGCUUUCAUUGAAAUCUAGGAUAAUUCAGGACACUCCAUUUUCAGUUAAUUGGGUCCCUGAGUUUUAGAUUUAAAGGCCUGCUCAGAUCAGUGGAACUUUAAACCUCUGUCCAAUGAGAAAAAAUGGAAAUGUAAUAGAAAUCAGUUUAAAGAUCCAAUUAAUAUUACUUCAAAAUGGGUUCUUAUCUAUUUCUAGCCCCUGCAAGUAUUAUUAUUAUUAUUUACUUUAUUCACUAAACAUGAAACUCAGUCAACUGAAGAUUAAAAAAUGCUUAUUAUUAUUAUUAUUAUUAUUAUUAUUAUUAUUAUUAUUGCAGCAGAAUAAUUUGAGGUAAGAUAAAGUCAAAUGCAGAUGAUCUAUUCCCUCCCUUUCCUCAUUGAAGGGAAAGUGUUUUUUUUUUUAGUUUUAACUUUUCCUAUUUACACAGCCUAGUUUGGUGUCUUCAAAACUUGUCUGGAUUGUUUCUCAAGAGUUUUCUUUUCCAUUGCACCUUAUAACAACAGUCCAAACAAGAUCACAUUUCUAAAGAAUUUGACCAUAAUACUUCCAACUCAGCUGGAAGGAAAGUUCCCUCUUUCCCUCCUGCCCCACAGUUAACUUCCCAUGGAGUUAGGGUGAAACCUGUGCAGUAAGAAACUGGGCUAUUGGUGACAAUAUCUGAACUUUCUGAGUGUGUGUGAUUAUUAAAAGGAGUCGAAAUAAGAAUGACAGGUUUUUACUUUACUCUCAAGGAACAUGGGCUAAAAGGUAAAGAACAAAGAGGACAUUUCUAUGUGUUGGGUUUAAGACAAAAGGUAUCCAGAAUAUGCAAUACAAAACUUGCAUAUUCUUGCAUAUAUAUUAUAUGUUCACAUGCAUCUAUAUUUUUUGAUUUGUUUAUUUGGUUUGCCUAUUGGUGGUAUUACUGGACCCAGUUAGGUGGAAAUUUGAUUUGACUGGGAUAGAUGCAGGCCUCCGGAAGUGUGGUUGGCAGAACUCGAUGCAUAGAUGUUUCAUGCGUAUCUACGUAGAUCCAUAUAUGUGUUUUAUUGAAUUGCAUGUAUCAAUGUGAGUCUGGGGAAUGCAAUUGUCCAAUUCUCUCUCAAACCACACACAAGCCCACCCAAACUAGCUUGCUCAUGCCUGGCAUGUCUUUGGGGCUAUUUACAGUAGAAAUGCAUGCUUGGGAAUUCGUGGGAAUGAUCUCAGUAGCACAGUAAACCUUUGUACUGUUUUCCUCCGACACCAUUUCAAACAAGGGAGCAAUUUCCUGAACCCCUGAAGCAAAAGUUACUUUCCAGGAUGGUGGGAGCUUUUGAAGAUACUCCUAAAACCCAUAGAUUUCUGUCUCUGACCUCAAAAUGUCUGUUCUCUUCCUCUGAGUUCAUUGGUAUUUUUAGCAUUGUCUUUUUAUUAUUGACAAGAUAAAAUAAUAAUAAGGUGACUAAG